AUGGCCAAGGUUGCAGUUGCUCCGGCUGUUCAUAGUUUUUCUGAUCUUCGACCAUCUUCGCGUGCACUAACGAUAACACCUCGGCCAGCUUCCAGAAAGUCAGCUGGCUUUGGAACACUUGAUCGUCCUUCAUCUGGAAACAUUUCUCGCGGGCGGAAUGUUGCUGUUUCUUCACGUGGAUCAAAAGGGGUUGCAUCAAGUAUGUUAAUCAUACGCCCUGGAAGGCGGGAUUCUUCUGGUUCAAGUUUAGGUAAGCGAUACAAACAACUUGAUGACCCGCUGAGCGUGUUCAAUCUGUUGCUAUUUUACUUUAAUUAAGUUUUGAUUAGUAGAAGAUCAUUCCAUUUUAAUUUUUGUCCGUGACUUCUAUCGAAAAUUUUUAAAAAAUCAGAGUUUCCCUAUAUACAUUUUCCCACAAAUUUUUGGUUAACAUCGAAAUCUUCUGUCGGUCGCAAUCAGAAUGCGCGUUAUACCUAUUAGAACAGUGGUUCCCUCGCGCGCGGAACACAAAACAUCAGUUAAUAACUACGUUUUUUGUUCGUCAUACAGAUGCAAGUGAACUUCUUGUGCUCGAGCAAAUUACAUCUUUCGUACAAUUGAAUUCUAUGGAGCUCAAUAGGACGCUGUUUGAUGCUCGACUACCAUUGGGUUGUUAACAACAUUGCUCGCUUUCGUUUGCUUAUUUUCCCAUGUUUUGUGUAGGUUCACCUAAGUCUCCAGACGGAAAUUUGAGUUUUAUAGAGAUCGAGUCACGUCUGAGAGAAAAGAUCCGAGUAAAUGCCGCUGAACUGCGUCAGGUGAGAUCCCAGUUAGCGUUGGUUUCAACAACGACAUCCCUCUGAUUUUGUGUUCCUUCCCCUUAAAUUCAAAUCAGUUGUCUCCAAGCAGAUUCAUCGAAUUAUUUAAAGGACAAUUUAUUCAUUAGUUGCUUUGUGAAGCUGUUGUGAUUUCUAAGAAACAUUUGAGAAGAAGAAGUUUGUCCCAGUUUGCUGAGGGGGGAAAAUUGUCCAUUUAUUACGUUCCUUGUCAGAAGUUUAUCAGUUUAUUGCUGACACAUAAUAAUUUGAUUACCUACGGAGGGGCUAACUAAAAAAUGCAGAAAGAUCUGUGGAACAUUAACAUUAACUAAUUCCUCACAACGUUGUUGUCAUUUUUUUCAGUUAUGCUUUUUUUGCUCUUUUUGGGAAAUUAUUCUGAUCUACCAUUUCAUUACAUUCAAAUAAUAUUUCUAGUUAAAGGUGAUUCUACAUAUUACACAUCCCCAUGUAUUGUGAUCUGAAUUAUUGUUAAAAUAUUAACAAAAUUUUCUUAUUUCAUUUACAAGGCUCUGCAAACAUUUGAUGCAGAAAAGACUCACACAGUAACUCAAAGUGAAUUUAAAAGAGCUCUGGAUUCGUUCUGUGUUCCUCUCACCGAGGAUCAGUUUGAGCAACUCAUUAAAAAGGUACAAAUUCCAUGUCCCUCUGACAGAUGCAUUCAGAAUGUGGGUACUUUGUCCCAAGCUGUCUUACCCUGCUCCCAAGAGUAAUCUGUCUCCCUUCAAGUGUGAUCAUGUUAUAUUGAUCGAAGUUGUCGAUUGUCUGAUGUCUGAUGCCUCCAACAUUUUAAUUCUUACAUAUUGACAAACAAAUUGUUUGUUGAGUUCAUUAAGUUUUCCAAACUUGGCAGUAGUUAAAAAGUCAUUUAUGUGUCAAGUUCUUUGCUUUCUUAUAUCCCUCUCAACACUGGUUGGAAAACACAUUAAACAGCCGCUGUGCUGUUUUCUGACCUGUUUGGUCUUGCCACUCUAGUUUAGAUCCGCCAGGAUCAGGGAAAUGUAACUACUCAAUGUAUGGGUGUGGUCACUCAGUUAGGGAGGGAGACAUGACUAGGAUUCCCAUAUGCAUCAGACCAGUUGACUCAAACUUUGAACUUAUUUGGUUUUGUUGUUGUUUUUAUUCAGUCUGCCAUGUCUUUGUUCUGAAAUGUAUGCAUGCACACUUCACACAUUUUUCUGUAAUUAUUUCUCAGACUGAGUAUAGUUACAUUACAGUCACCUCAGUUAACCCUGGUAAAAAACCAACAGUGGCAAAAACCAAGGUAAUUAAUUAAAUUGUUUUGGAAUUUUUUUAAUUAAACAGAUUGGUACAAACAGAGAUGGGUCAGUAUCAUAUAUAGAGUUCUUAGAGAAGUACCACCAGAGAGGAGGAACACCAGAAGGGUUACGAUUGCUUGGCACUCUGCACAAGUAAGUGUUUCUUUUUGUUUCAGGAACAUAUUUUGACAUUACUUUGCUAGCACUCUUGAGCACUUCACAGUUUACAUUGUAGAGGAAGGUUUUCUUAGCUUUUACUCAAGUUUACUUCAGGUCUCUUCUUAUAGCCAAGAUUGGCUUAUAGCCAAAUAAAUAUAGUAAAUGACUUACCAUUGAUCCUCUGGGUAGUCAUGAAAAGGAUUUCUGUUGUCGAUAGCUGCUGAUAUCGACGUACCUUUCCACAACCUUCAGGAGGUCAUAAUGUCAGAGUCAAGUGAAAAUUGUGUCAACAUAAAUUGUAAACCACUAUUAAUUCAGGCUACACUGCAUUUUUUAAAACUUAAACCAUCUAUUAUUUUGGUCUUCUCCUUGUGAUUAUUACAAUUCUUGUGUCUAGGUUUAACCAAACAAAAUCUCCAGGAGAUGCCUUACCCAUCGAUGAGAUUGAGAACCAGUUAAGGAGAAAGGUAAAGAUUUUAUCACCACGUUACUUAAAUGGUAAUUUAUUGGUGAUAUCAAUUUGCAGAAAAAUUAUCAAUGACCAAAAACUUUUAUGAAAGGCGUAUGAUUUACAUGUGUUCUUUUCAGAUGGGUGGUCAACUACAAAGUGUGAUGAAGGCUUUAAGACUCUUUGAUUAUAACAGAGAUGGUCACAUACAGAAACAUGAGUUGAAAAGGGUUAUAGAAAACUUCUGCUUCAGGCUGACAGAUGAACAGUUUAACAAGUAUGUUAAAAAAAUAACUCAAAAUUAGAUUACUGUUAACCUAGACAAAUAUUUUUUUUCCCUGAGAAGAAUUUAUUUUUUUCCAAAGUGGAUGACAUCAUUCUGAUAAUUUCAAGACCAGGCUCAGGAUCUAAGUCAAGCAUAAAAAUUUUGUAAAAAAUGUUCUUCAUAUUGAAAAAGAUGAUUGCUUUGGGAGAGGAUUUCCAAGCAGUGUAGCCAAAUAAGUAAAAGUGGUGGGUGGGGGGGCACAGUUUGAUAAGGGGUAGUUUGCUAAGUAUAGCCAUUUAAGAAGGGGUUGGUAGUUUAUUACAUGAGACCAACCUCUUGUCUAAGAAAGAAUUAAGUUAGUAUGUAUACUAGCUAGUAUAGUUAGUAUGCUGUGUAUAAAUUAAAAGACUCUCCACUCCUGCAGGCCCUUCUGUCACCCCUGCACAGUUCAUAAAGUUUCCAGUUUUACAAUCACCUAUUAUUAUGGCAAUGUUUAUUUUAACUCUCUACAUUAUUUCUUAUAUCACAUUUGCUUCAAUAUUUGGGAGUCCUUUUAUUUCUGCCCAAUCAUAUGCACCAUUCUCACCACAGGUUAUGGUGUAAAUAUGACAUGACUCGGAAUGGUCACACUCUAGAGUACAUGGACUUCCUCAAACGGCUUGGAGUUAAUGCAAAGCCUAAGAAUCAAACAGCGAGUAAAACAGGUACAUGUAAAUUAUUUCUUCAUUUACAAAUAUGUUUAACACAUAUUGACAUGUUCAUGUUACUAGUGGCUAAAAAUUAUUCAGUCCACAUGCUACAUUUUGGCUCAAAUUGGAUUUGACAUCUACAUGUAGUACACUUGAAAGUACUUUCCAAUCUGAGUUGACUUUAAAACCUUAAUUGUUUGAAUGUUUGCUGUUAGUAUUGCAAAUACAGAUACAUGUACAGAUACAUCAUGAAAUUUACCAUGUGUUAAGUUUUUCAUUUUUCAAUUUUGGUUUUUUGUCUUCAAUCCUUAAUAUUUUAAUUUGUAAAUACAUAUAAUUUUGUGUUAUUCUUGUUAAAAGAGAUCAAUUUCUUCUAGUGAAUAUAAAAAAAAUACUCAUUACCCAUAAUUGAUGUUAUAUUUGCACAGAAUUCCUUUGUUAAUUACAUGUGACUUUAGACAACUCCAAAUCAGUGGAUCAGCAUCUAUGGUGUUCAUGUAUCAUGGUUGUGUUCAAAUGAAUAGGAUUUCUUGAAUUGAAUCAACCAGUACUAUCACUGAUUGUGAUAAAAAAUUUAUAAGUACAAUGGCUUGCAGGUGUAGAAUAAUCAAAAAAAAGUUUGUUGUCAGCCAUCAAAUAAUUGUGAUUUUUACCAAGCAAACAUUUUUUCUUUAAUUUUCCUUAAUUCCAUUUACCCAAAUUCUAUUUAAUUCUGCUUUUGAAGAAUAAUAAAAUGAUGCAAACAUAUACACUUGCAUUGAAGUAAAAAAAAACUAUUGUGAUCUCAUCUGAUUCAAUAAAUAUUUUGACUUAAAUUGAACAUAAGUAUCUUUGAGGUAUUGAAAAUACUGACAGUAGAUUAUUAAUAAGCUUCCAGUAAAAACAUUCCUAGUAGUUGUUUUAAAUUUUGAUUCACUUCUUUCUUUGACUUGUUUUGAAAACAAAUUAUUCAUCUACCAAUUAAGGGUUAAGUAUACAGCUGAUGGUUAAAUAUUAAUUUCCUUAAUAUUGUCAAAUUAAUCAUAACAAAAACCAAAACAAACAAUUAGGGAAUCUCCUUAGCAACACUAGUUCAAUACAAACUUACAUGGUUUCUAUCAGUCAGUCUAGAGCUGUUAUGGAGAUUUAACAGAAUCAAAUUUUUGGUGAUAAAUAUUUUGAGUAAAGCAGUCUUCUCUAAAGUCAGAUCACUAUGCAUUUGGCUAUGGAAACUCCUUUUAGACUUGGAGGACAACUAAGAAGGCCAAACCAAGGCUAUGCUCGUGAUAAUUUAAAAAACAACUUUACAUUCUACAUGCCUUUGAAACGUAUAUCUUCCAAGUCUAAGGCUCACAGGCGAUCAUGUACCUUCCCAAGCAUCAAGAAGAAUGAACCUUUGCGGCAAGUCUUGUUGCAAGAUCACUACAAUGGCGAAAUGCCAUUUUUGUACUCCUUAGAGGGAAGGAAAAUCACUUGUGAAAGUAUCAGAAGAACACCUGAAACAUCUUUUAAUCUUCGUCACAGAACACAGAGUAUGUCAUGAGUAGCAGAUGAAGUUGACAUUCCUUGGUGUUAAUUAGCCUGCACCUCAUAAUACUAUCAAUACUAGUACUUUUAAGUUUAUGUAGCUUUUCUUUGAUUGAUUUCUUUGUUUUUACUUUUUAUGGAGGCCUUUUGGUUAUAACAGUGUGUACAGUCAGAUGCCUUGUGUCACAGAUGCUCUAAAUUAUGUACUUCUGUAGAUAUUGUAUUUACUUACAGGGUACACAAUAUAGUAAACAAAGUGAUUUUAGUCAUAAUUUAUCUUUAAAUUCACAUAAUUUAGGUCUUAUUUAUUGAUCAUUGCAUGUGACUUUUUGUCUCAGGCCAAGCUGAGGGUCAACAGUUGGUGAAACUUGCCGCAGUAAACAGUCGACCCAAAUCAGGCCAAGAGAGAAAGCAAAGUCCUCCUGUUCUCACCAUUGUAGAACUUGAACAUAAACUCAGAAAGAAGGUAAAUAAUCUUGGAAAAUUUUUUAGCAGAGUGUGUUCCAUUAAAUAGCAUCAUUACAAUGUACAUUUGAUCAGGGUUACAGCUGAUUUUUGCGUCAAGGUGAGUGGACAUGGUUGCAACCUUUUCCCUUAUUGCAGCCUCUAAUAUUAUAUUUUAAAAAUGUUAAAAAUAAUGUUGAUAAGCAUUCCAAAAUUUUUUUUUUCCAAUUUAUUUACAGGCACAUUUUAAAGUUUAUUUUAUGUAGGGCUUUGUUUUUUCAAAAUUUUUGUUUGGUAUUUUUUGACAUCUUCUGCUUUUAAACUGAUAAUCAAAACUGUGAGACAAUUUUGGAAUCUGAUUAAUCUGUGCUUUUUUCAGAAUGCUAUGUUGGGAGAGUAAAAAUAAAAAAACUACUAUUUUAUUCCUUUUAUAGAUGCUAGAAAAUCACAGCAAUAUUACUCGUGCUUUUGUGGCAUUUGACAAGCGUGGGGAUGGUUUUGUAACCUUAGAUGAACUUAAAAGAGUUCUGUUCAACUUUGCCUUUCCAAUGUCUGAUAAACUGUUUGUGGAGCUGAUGGACAGGUAAUUGAUUAUAAGAGGAAAAUAUAAAGAUUGAUUUCACAUGGACAGAAAACCUGAAUACAGAUAUACCAGAUUAGAAAAUUUCAACCUUUUUUUCUGUUUUAUUUUCUAGGUGUGGAAUUCGUGCAAAUCACAAGAUACCUUAUGAACAGUUUCUUGAAAAGUUCCAGGCACCAGUAACAAAAGGAAAUGGACAGACUAUUCCAAUCAAACCCAAUCAUAAGUAUGUUAAUCAAUUAAUUGCUAAGUGGCUUGUUUGAAGUUAACUUGCUUGAUAUUGAUAUCAGAUGGCCAAUCAAGGGCAUCACAACAGGUGUAUUAAACUUUUGUAUUCUGGACAUUUUUCUCGCUGUUUCAGGUACAAUCCAGUGCGCGAAGCGGAACAAAUGCCAACCACAGAUGACAUAUGGAAACUCCUCCAUUCAAAGAUCAUGAACAGUUUCUCAUCCAUCAAGCAAGCCUUUCUUGUUUUUGAUGAUGUAGGUGUACAGUACAUGAUGCUUUUAACCCACUUCACCCUAACAUCAGUAUACAUAAUCUCUACACUGUUUUCCAAACUUUUCCCAUAACACUAGUAUUGCCAUCAAGAAUUCACUCAGCAGUAAAGCACUUCCUCUUUCCUUUAUUUAUUUAACCUUGAUUCUUGAUUCAGGGUUGAUACUGUUAGGAGUGAUGGAUGGUAGUCACCAAUAGGAAACAUGCCUGAAAAUUUUUAUAUUGGGAGAGAGCUCUGCAACUUUCAAUUGUGAAAGUCCCUCAGAGCACAAAUACAAUUAUCUACAAAUGUAGUCUAAUUGGCUUUUCAUGUGUUUCCUUUACAGAAUAAAGAUGGUCGUGUCACAAAACGUGACUUCAGGCGUGUCCUAGAAAGCUUUUGUUUCCGUAUGAGUCAACAGCAGUUCCAUGAGUUGAUGGCCAAGAUUGAUCCUUACAACAAAGGCUAUAUUUCCUACCUAGAUUUCCUGGACAGAUUUGAACAAAGAGAAACUGAGGUGAGCAGCAGGGACUUCACAUAAUCAAUUUGUUUUACCCCUCAUAUCUGGAUAGUUGACUGCAGCUGGUGUAUCUUUAAAUGCAAAAGCUACUGGAUACAUAUAGCAAAAAUUAACUACUGUGUGAUUUCUUGCUGUUUUGGAAAAGUGGUUUCAUAGUAGAGACUGUCUGAAUCAUUUGAGUUAUGAUUCUAAUACGUUUUACAGAUUUACCAAAUGGCCAUUUUACAAAAUUGAGGCAAGCUUGAAAGAAAACCAAGAGACCUGAUGUCCCAAAGGCUUUAGCUCUAAGUCACAAAGUCUCAUUCCAAAACCUGGUUGGGUCAUAGUGUUGUGUUACUAAGAAAGACACUCUACAUUCCUCCAUAUUGGGGUCUAAAUGGGUCCUGGCAAACUGUGGGAAAACCUGAUAAAAUGCUAGAGGAAGGGGGGAUAACCUUGCAGUAGACAGGUAACCCAUACCAUGGAGUAGCAGUACACUCAUCUUAACUUCAUGUUACAAAGACCAGUAUGAGCUCCAGAUGUACUGGCCAUGUGGCUCAAGUUUAGAUCUUUUUCAUACAGUGUAUUUCAACAUGUUUGUAACUGUUCCUUUUAGGGUGCACACCCUUGGCUGAUGUCAGAUCAUUCACCAAAAAGUGUGUCCCCUCCAGCUGUCAUGGCUUGGUCCACUGUAAGUUGGCGUUUAGUGUAAUAUAUGAAAUUAUAGUUGUUGUCCAGUUUCUAUCAUUCUUCAUUUUCCCAUCUAAAUUAACUGGGAUAGUGUGCGAAGAAAUGAUUGGUUACAACACUGUCGUCUUUUGUGUUGAUAAAUCUACAGCAAAUUCAAAAACGUGACGUCAUUUACCCAAGCAAUAAACCACACUUUAAAAUUUCUCGUGUUCUUCAAACGUUCCGCUUGGAUUUGUACCUUGCGGAGUUGGGAAACUGAAAGAAACUGUGAUCUACCGCUCAUUUGGAUGAGACAAUUUGGAAGAAGGUGUACGACAAGUUCAUUAUCAUUAAUUACGUACAGGCUGGGUUUUUUACGUAUAAACCUAACUAAGUUACAAAUUACAUGCAAGUACUGAUGUAGUCUGUUGAAUCAAACCCGAAUGGUUUCGUCAGGUGGAAGACAUCUUGCGCGCAAAGAUUACAGAUAACUGGAAAGCAAUUGCCUCAGCAUACCUUGGUGUUGACGGAGACAGAGAUGGAUCCAUAUCACGCGAUGAACUGAGGCUACUGCUGGAAAAAUACUGCCUUCCUGUCUCUGACGAUCAUUUUGAAUUGUAAGGCACCAUUUUAUGUAAAGUUUGGAUUAUUAUAACUUUACUAAAACAGCACUGAUUUAGGUGCAGAUUAUUUGAGAUGAGAUAUUGAGAUGCAUUCCGGCAGAAUGCUGCAUCUUGUGUGAAUGUGUCCGAUUUUUCCAGGGUCGAUUAAUAGGUCGAAGGUCGAUGUUUAUUUCGUUGCGCAUGCCCAGAAAGGGCGGCGGCACUUUCGAAACAACGCUUUUGCUCAAGAGAUAGGUAUCCAACAACUCUCGUUAACUAACAAAAAUCGCACAUAAGAAAGACUUUUUACCAUGCGUCAAAAAAUCAAGAAAGAAAACAAAAAACAUAAACAAACGCGUUAACCGAAGAAGUAAGAAUCACAAAGUGUCGUCAUUGAUUAAUUUUGCCAGAUGGUCACACUAAGUAUGAAAUAAAGUUUGGAAUCGUGUAAUCAAAAUUUAAUGUAACGCACUCUUACUGACAUUCUUCAAUUAUUUUAGGAUGUGGAGUCGGGUAGAUGAAGAUUCAAAUGGAACUGUUGAUUUUCAAGAAUUUCUUGCUAAACUUGUAAGUACUCUUUCAUUACAGACUAAUAAAAUUUUCUUUCGUUUUCAAAAGUUAUAAGGCCUCAUCUUAUUUCUUACAAUCGAAACCCACUCGAAUAUUUUACUUCAGGGUGUGGACAUUGUUGGCGGGGACAUCAACGGUUUAAGCACUAGAAUUCAUGAUGAAAGUGAAGCGAAGGCUCAGUUUAUGAAACAAGACCAGUCUACGAGGUAAGGAACAUCUCCUGAUGAAGACAUUAUACGCCCUUUAGGAGUGGAAUUUUACUAACGAAUUAGAGAAAUUUUUGCAUCGCGCUGUGAUUGGUCCAAAAAAACUCGUGUCGUUCUUUUAAGCAAACAGAUGCAAAACCAAAACCAUUACAACUCGGUCAAUCGCGUUUUCCCGCGCUUUAGUGAGUUUGCUUGUUUUUACUUGGAGUUCUCAUUGGCUCUUAGGAUUUUUUUUCCUUUCCUCUGAUUGGCUGUUGGGAUUACUUAGAUUUUGGUUUUACGACACCCUCUCGAAGGGCCAUCUAUGGCCGUCGGUGUGAAGUAAAAUUAGCAUUUUAUAUCGUUGGUAAUGUUCGAAACGUGGUUACCGUGAUGUUCUGUUCUGGUAUGUUUCACCCAAUUUAUUAUUAUAUUUACAGACUGGAACUUGCGGAAGAGAGAGCCCUGAACCUCACAGGCCAGAAAACUGCUAAUGAAUGCAUGGAGAUCCUUAAGGUACAACCAAAAUAUCUAAGUAUUAUUUCCAACAGUAACUAAAUGACGAAAGACCAAUUUCCAAUUUACAGUCGCAAUUUAUCAGGUGUUGCUUCGGUUUUACCUCAAAAGGUUUUAUUAUUGGUGUAAAACUUGCCCCAUCCUUUCAGCCACUCAGAUGCAAUCGCGACUUAGUCACUCGAAUUUUUCCCGCGUUAGGACGGUAGCAUAUGUUGACUAAGAAUUUUCAUUGGUUCCUGGGUAUAGUCAGCGUAGUUUUGAGCGGCAGCUAUGAUCACUUUGCUUUUAACGGAGACUUAGAGGUAAAAGCUGUUUUCACUGUCACAGAUUCUACAACCUGGAAAUUCUUGACCCAAAUUUAGACAUUUAGAUAGUAAUUUCUAAUUGAGCUUGAACGAACCUAGGCUCGAUUUCCGCCGCUCUCUCGUGUCUGGUCUUCGCUCUUCCCCAAGAAACGGGUUGGGGAUAAGAGCGCGGGUUCAUUUUCACGAAUGCCUGCUGGUAAUCGAGCCUAAAACAAACCUGACUCCACCCACUGAUCCACUUUGUCAAGCCGCUGACUCAGCAUACAUGUAUUUAUUGUCUUCCCAGGAGUACAUCUCUCAAAGGUCACCAGACUUCCGAAAAACUUUUGUCAAAUUUGACAGCGAUGGAGAUGGAAAAAUUUCGAGAAAAGAAUUCCGAUUGGUAUGUACACGACAGCCAACGUUUGAGAUAUUUUUAACUUAGCACUUCAUGAAGUCCAGUAUAGGUUGUCUUUAUUUCCAUGAGGUUCAGUAUUCAACGUGUCUAUACCUUGAGUGUUGGUACAUGAUUCACACGUGUUCUGUUUGUUUUCUGGCAGAUUUUAGACAGUCUGGGUUUAUACAUGACAGAUGAUCAGUUUCGCAUUCUCAGUGCCAGGUAAGAAUGUAAACAUUUAUUAACUAAGAGCACUUUUCAAAUGAAUUUUGAAAAUUAUCCAAACUUUCAGUGAUUUAUUUUUGUCUUUUCGCUCUUUGUACUAAAUGACUUACACCAUCCUCUUAACAGAUCCAAAAACGAAUCGUGACUGAGUCACUUGCAUUUCCCCUUUUUACAAGCCAUUUUGCUUACGCUUACCUCUGGUUCUCAUCGGCUCGAUCCCAAAUACUGCUGUUUCGAUCGGUCCUUCUAAUUCCUUUGGUGUUUUUCCUUCACUCACUUGAGAAGCGGUCUUUACUUACUAGUUGAAAAUUGUGCCAAUUUCUCGGGAAACCUUGUCAAGUUGAAAUUACAAGUAUCUGUGUGAUUAAGGCCAGCUGCAAGUAGAUUGGAAUAGUAGUUGUAUUUGCUUAACUCGCUCUGUGAUUGGUCCAGAAAACUCGCGCCACUUUCGCAAUCAAUCAGAUGCAAAACUAAAACCAAUCACGAUUUGGUCACCCGCGUUUUCCUGCGCAUCGAGCAGUUUGCUUAUUCUUACGUGGAGUUCGUAUCGGCUGUGUAAGAUAUUUCCCUUUCUUCUGAUUGGCCUUUGUAAUGACUAUGGUCCUAAGACACUCAAUCGAAAAGCGCUCUAUAUCGAAACUUCAUGAUUGCUUUUCAGACUGGGAUUUCACAAAGGAAAGAUUACGUAUAUGGAAUUUCUGGACCAUUUUCAAGAUCGACGGUCCUUUGGUGUCGGAGAAAAAGCACCCGAAUACCCAAGUCACAGGUAGUAAAGGUUUCCAGAAUGGUCAUCACGUUUCUAUUUUUUUUAAAAGUACGUACGUUACUCAAUUUAUCGGAAUUUUGUUUUUGUCAGAUACAACCUCCCGGUGCCUCAAGAAGAGUCGAUGAAAGCAAGUGUAGUGGAGGCGAAACUGAGAAGCAAAUUGCGGGAGAGUUUCCAGGUUACAAAUUGUGAUAUAUAGGGUUGAAUUAUCGCAUGGAUUAUUCAUUUUGAAAAAAAGAAAACAUAGCAGACAAAGAGAUGAUUAUGCUAAGUUUCCCAUUUUGUGUAAAUGCUCACGUUAGGCGAGAGUCAACUUGUUUAAAAAGUUGAUACUGAAUCUGUAGAAGAGAUGUUGUGGGGUUAAUAAGAAGGUGAAACAUUCUGCUGAAAUUAUUUUUCCGUGUGGAAUUCAUGUUUGCGAUGUAAAGUCAUGACGGAAGUCGUAAGUUUAAAACAUAAGCUGUAAAGCAAGGACAGUAAAACCCACCCUACAAAUGCUUUUUGCAUCAUGUGCUACGGUGUUCCCUCUACAAAUUAGGAUUGAAUCAAUAAAACAUGUGUAGAUCGUUGAUCCACGCAUGGACAACUGAGGUCUUAGCACCAGCCUUUCAGUCCCUUCAAGAAGAUAUUAGGCUGUCACCUUUGCUAUAACCUUAUUGUGAAGCACAAUUUUCCACAUAGUCUGUAGAACAACUGAAGCAAAAAACUUCCUCUGGAAACAAAGGAGUGAUAAUCCAGAGAUCAAAGAUUCCUAGUCAACGGCUUGCGCACAACAUUUUCCCCUUAGUACCAGCGGCUUUUGGGACCUACAAAAGCCCGAAACGGCUCUUUGCGACUUGAAACAACUUUCUUCCCCACAGCCUCUACAUAAAACUAUACUCUAUAUUUUCCUUUUCUCUAACAGGACCUACGUGCGGCGUUUCAGAAGAUAGAUUAUGACCGGAAUGGGCUGAUUACCAGACCGGAAUUCAGGCGCAUUCUGGACUCUUUCAUGUUCCUGUUAUCAGACGAGGAGUUCGACAAGCUCAUGUCAAAUCUCGGAAUACAGAAAGGAGCUAAAUUGAAUUACAGAGAAUUCUUAAAACGGUUCGAGCAUGUUGAGACUGUUGAAGAGGGACAUCCAUGGCUGUACUCUAACCACAGGUAACAGAAGCUGACUUCUUGGAUAUUUAGAUUACGAAAAAUUAGUCAUACUACGCUAUGAAAUCACCGGAUCAAUUUCAGUAUCUGAGGAACUGCGCACCUACCCCUCCCCUAGCCCAACAACAGUCAACAAUCAAAAUCACCUUGUCAUGGUCUCGCCCAUUCAUCUUGUUUUCAGGCAAAGAACCCAAUCAGCCAAUCAAACGCUUUUAUUUCUAGACGGUAACUGAAGCAGUGUCAGCAAACAAGCCUAUGUAGCUGUGUUAUUAAAUAUGAAAGCUUUUAAAAUCGGAAUAAUGAAAGUAACCAAAGAAGUUAACAUAAAAGAAAAGUGCUCAAUAUAAACGCAAAGUUAUCGUCAAUAUUAUAAUCAGUGAAAAGUGAAAAAGCCUUCGCUCCGAGGCUUUAUUCUAGUUUCAAAAUUUAAUAUUACGUCAGUUAGGCGAUUGUUGUAGAAUCUUUUAAAGCUUUUUACGUCCUCGUUUGUAAUUGAAUCGUCUAAGUGGUACUUGCCAACAAUGAAGUACAUGUAAUUUUGUUUAUCACAAUGUGGCUUUUUUUUUCAGCUUCAAUGAAACACAGGAUCUAAAUUACUUGAGCGCCGAGCAAGCGGAUGUCAUCAUCAGAAGGAAAGCCUGGGAGCAGAAUGCAGACUUGUCAAAAGCUUUCUUGGCUUUCGACCGCGAUGGAAACGGAAUAGUUACUAAGAAGGAGCUUAGGAAAGUGCUCUAUCACUUCCAGAUCCCGGUCAACAAAGAAGAAUUCAAGAAAUUGUGGGAAAAGUAAGUCGAAAACUUCUUGAAAUAUCCUUUUAUAUUCUAGAAAAACAGUCUUCAAUUUAUUGCUCGUAUCUCACAACGUGCGUAACCCUUGUCAGGUAUGACACUGAUAGAAAUGGCUAUGUGGAUCAUCAUGAAUUCCUAGCCAAGUUAGGAGGGGAGAUGGCGCCAGGUGAUGUGCACGGACCAAGCACUCAGAUAACUGAACAGAGUCAACAGGUUAUGGAGAGUAUGUACAGGAAACAACAGGUGCUAGUCCUUAUAAAUACUAUUGUAACAUAGUUUGUUGAUUACAGUGGAGAUAAAGUCAGUUACGCGAGAGUACUUUGAUAUCCUUAUUGUACACGGUGAUGAAGUGUUUGUAUGCACUAAGGAGUAUCGGUGAAGUGUACCUCCUGAGGAAACGCUAUUGUUGUAAGUGUGACUUCUAAGCAGUCUCGUUGGAGGAGUGUUACUUGCCAUAUUUUGUUAUAAGGUGGGGCGUAAGGUAUUCAAUUUUUGGAUACCUCGAGUAUUGUUUCCCCAUUUAGUCAUUACGUGAUGUAUUUAUCUUGCUUUGUUAGGACAUGCACAUGGCUGCCACACUCAAUCAAGCUCAGGCUGCUUCGUUCUUAUCCGCAAUUGAAGUUGAACAACAGCUGAGGUGAAUUUGAUUCCAUCGAUUAAUUAUUGUUACUAAUUUUGUGUUCCUAAGAGUCGCAAGUAUUGAUGAUGAGGAAAGGAGAAUCCAUAUCGUGAGCAAAGUGCUCACCUCACCCCUCUUCCCCUCACAAACACUGUGGCCUGAGUCCGUUUCCAGUACCUGAGAGUCUCAACCUGUGGGUUUGGCUUGGUUUUAUCUUCUAUUAUUACUCCGAGGGUUUCCCUCCAUGUCCAUAACUUUUCUGUUCUCCAUCAAUUCAGCUCGGUACUAUUGGGCGAAGAAGCCUCCCAUGUAUGUACCGCUGCUUAAUCUAUUUAUUUAUAUAAACUCAUUGUCUUUGUUUCAGGGAUCGUUUUCGUGACGGCUACGAAAGUUUGAGGAAAGCAUUCGAGACAGUUGACAAAAACAAAGAUGGUUACAUAUCGAGGAACGAACUGCAGAAAGUUCUGUUUGACUUUCACUACUUCCUGGAUGAUGUUCAACUCAAUAUUCUACUCGACAGGUUUGUAUUAACCCUUUAAUUCCCAAGAUCUACAUUCUCCCUCCUGGCUGCUACACGUUUCCUUGUUAAUUAGUUACGAGAAUUUGGUGUUAGAUCAAGAUAACAUUUCCUACCUGAUAAGUUUGAAUAUUCUCAUUACCUGUUUGCGAUGUAUGGAUAUUCUUCUUUUUGUUUUCACGCUUUGUUAAGGUUUUUCUCUUGAUAGCUUCGUUCGACGACUGUGUUGUCGGAACAGAAACGUGAAACUUGUGUUAUUUUUAUCAGCGCAGUUCUGUUGUUGACCAAUACCGAUUUCCACCACACGAACCACCAAAAAUUUACUUUCCACACACAAACAUUGAAAGCUAGUGGCGGUCUUGAUUUUUACAAUGUGAUUACAUUGUCAAGUCUAACAAUUUUGAAAUUGAUGAAAUCAACAACCUGUGAAUGAUGUUAGGAAUGACAUUAACUUCCGUUACAGCCAUUGGAGAAAAUUACAUUCAUCAUUUCGACGAACGUGCUUUGAGGUUUUGGGAUUAAAAAAGUGUCCACCUGACCCUUCCUCUUUGGCUUACAAACAUCCUGAGCUUAGGAGCCUCGUUCCUCAAUCUCCAGUGUAUCUUCAUGAUUUUUCUUUUGUCAGGUGUGGUCUAUCCGGGAAGAACAAACUUUCUUACGAGAAGUUCCUGGGCGCGUUUCAAGACCAGAGGCUUACUGGGUAUGGGCGCGUUACCUUGGAUACACCUGGCAAAGUUUUCACGCCGGUGUUGUUUGAGAGACACGAUUCACUUUCACCUGAAGCCGCCAUCAACAGACUUAGGAACAAAAUCGGCGAAAAUCCUGAAACUAUCCAAAGAGUAAGUCCCAUCCUUCCCCCCACCUUGUGAAGUUCACUUCUUUCACUUUCAAAUGUUGACUGUUUUUCGUAUUCAUUCUAUGUUUUGAUCUCUAGGCCUUCGCUGCGUUUGAUCGAGAAGGAGUGGGACUGGUUACUAAGGAAGACUUGCAUCAAAUAGUCAAUGCGUUCUGUUUUGUGAUGUCUGAUAAACAAUUUCAGGUAAAAAAAUAAUAGUAAUUCUGUUGCCUUCUGUCGCGAAUCUAUUACUCAACGUUUGAGUUUAAUUCUCCUGUAGCAGAAAUUUUCGCGAGUGCAAUCCCAGAAUUACUGGUUCUUAUUUUGAAAGCAAUUUACUUUUAGGUCAAAUUGUGGGAAAUUUUUAAGAUACUUGCAUGACAGAUAAAUUUUAACUCAGGUGAACCGCUCGAAUUUCCAUGUUCGGGGUAGUUUAAUGUAGAUCACUUUAGUUUGUUGAAUCUACAGCUGAAACCUGCUCAACAGCUCAAGAGAUUUCUUUAUUCUCGUUGUAUUCAAGAAGCUGUCAUGUUUACUUUAGUUCAAAACUAUUUGCUUAAGAAGGAUUGUGUCAUAAAUCCGCUGUCAACUUCACAGGCACUCAUGAAGAAGGGAAACUUUGGAGAAGGAGACUUGAUAUCAUACGAUGAUUUCCUGAAGAGCUUUCAGAAAUCAGACGCCGAGGUGAGAACAACUGCGAUUGUUUUCAGCUAUAGAAUUAUGAAAUGAUGACUGCAACUUACAGUGAGAAGCGGUGAAUCAGACCACAAUUUAUUCUGGACACUCGGUAGUUCUGAGUGGUUGAAUAAAUAACGAGGUUCUAAGAGAAAAAAGCUAAUGAUAUGAAAGGACUCAGUUUAUUCGUACCACAUGAGGUUUUGCGUAAUAACGAGGAGAUCUUAAUAACAAACGCGCUUUCACAACAUAUAUGAAAUGCGUUGUCGAUCUUUUCUUCACCCCUACUUUACUGCUUGUGCCAAAAGUGGUGCCGAUGAUUGUCGCUUCUUCUACACCGAUACAAUCAUAAUUCCCAUGCCUUGUGUUUGUGGGUCCAUCGCAUGAAGUUUGAAGAGUCAUUUUGCUUUUAAAAAAAGGGGGAAAAAGCGUUCUAAGCGUUCUUGUUCCCGUUACGUGCACAAAGUUAAGGUAAAAUACUUCACUAAACAUUUAAAUUCUUGGCGACCUAUUUAAAGGAUUUAAAAAUACGGUUUCGAGCUACUUAAUCUUACGUAUCUGCGGUUUAAGCGCGCUAUCAGAAAGAUCAUUUAAUGGCAAGACGUUUGUUUAUUUCUUAGGCAACUCGCAAGUGGCUGGAGAAUUUGUAUCCCUCUUCUGAAAAACGCCAAAGAACGGCCGAUAACUUCACCAAGCGGUCACGUGUUAUGACUGAUGCUGACGUAGAGAAGAGAGUUCGAGAAGUUGUAGUGGCGCGAUUCUAUAGUCUUGCAAAGGUAAAGUGUUUUUUGUUUAUCUCCCGUGACAGUUGUCAUUCUCUGAAGAAGAGUAAUUUCGAGUAACCUACCAAGUUAUUAAAGUAACGUUGCGAAUUAAAGCCAUGCAUUACUUGGCGACGUUUUACCGGCUUUUAAAACCAAGAGGUUUUGAUGCUUAUUCUUGGUUGUUGGUCUUGUUUGGUCGUUUUCACUUGGAUGUUUUGUCAUAUUUUGUUUAAAAGACUUGUGGUACUUUUUUUUUUUUAAUAAACUUUUUCUUGUUGUUUUAUUUUCAUACUGUCAGAAUGUGUUUGUUUAACCUUAGCUAUUUCUUUGUGUCCAGAUGCACGGUUCUUAAGUCUGUGUACAAUUUACAAAGAGCUUUUCAACGUUAAACAAUGGAUGAUCACGUAACGAUUUUCUUUUGAAUUGAUAAGGCCCUCACAGACGAAGACGUUCACCACAGCGGGACAGUUAGCGCCAGUGCUCUUCAUGAGAUACUCAAUCAACAUGCCUUCCGUAUGACAAGUGAUCAGUUUAACCACAUUUGGAUGAAGCUUCCGAAGAACUCCGAUGGUGCUGUGGAUUAUAGGGAGUUCAUGAAGAUAUUCUCCACAAGACCUGAAAUAACACGAGCAGCGUCUGCAACACCACCUCAUUCACGCGAUAGAAGGGUAGGAAAAUACACAUUUUCUGAGUCCAAGAAGUUUCUUUUUCCAACUGGGUCGCACUGUUUCUGCUAUAUUGCUAAUUUUAGAGUAGCUAGGAUAAAUCCUUCGUCGUCUAAGCUCUUUUAACUCUUCUUUUCGUCGUUGUAGACUUCAACUUUAUCUUAGGCCUUGAAAAGCAGAGAAAGAACUUAAAUUCAUUCAUGAUUUAAGAACAAUUUAAUUGUGUCUGUUUCAGGCAUCAUAUGAGCCCGCAAUGUCUCCAGUCCAUACGCCUGUUAGGAUCCCCUCACCUGAAUCUUUGACCCCGCCCCUCUCAGCAAGUGACGUAGAGAGGAAUAUAAAAGACGCGGUGAGUAUCAUUGUUCGUCUUAGAAAAUAUGUUAAGCAGCUUUUUCCGAAUCUUGACGUGUUACCAAAUGUACAAUACUGAGAUUUUUUUUCUCAUCAGAUCUGUCGUCGGUGGCAGCAGAUUCAGAAAUCCUUCAGGAACAUCGACAGUGGUAACAAGGGAACGGUGGAUUUUGAACAACUUAAAGGUUGGUGCCACCCCAGUCGAUCACACUGCACGAAGAACGCAUUUAUUUUUUAUGUCACCAUAAUUUGUUCUGUAAAAUCGAACAAUUACCUUCAGUCUGUUUGGCAUAGGAAACGAUUCAUACUUAACCCUUUUACUCUCAAGAGUGACCAAGACAGAAUUUCUAAUACAUCACUACAAUAUCAAGUAGGCAAAUGAUGAGAAUAAAGAAAAUAUCAAUUAAGGAAUUAUCAGUUGAUCCAAUACCAAUUUCUCUGCACUAGCAUCGCAAGAACUGUAUUGCAGACGGUAAGGAGGAUUGGUAAUGAGAUCUCUGGAGUGGAAGGGUUAAAGAAAUCAAAACAUCAAGUCGUUCUAGACGACUAAGCAACUGCAAUGGUUGUCUCCUCACUUUUUGUUCCAUCCCCAAAUUGAUACCAUUCCAAACCAAGCACGCGCUAGUAAUUUUUUUUGUAAAAUUGAUAAUUCUUGUUUCAGAUGUCCUUUUGAAACACGACAUUCAUCUAAGCCCAACCGAGUUAUUGUCUUUGUGGAGAAAACACAGCAGUGAAGAAAAAGGAGGGUAAGAUAUAUUUCAGUAUUUUUAAGUAUAUACAUUUCAGCCAAUUUAAGUUACGGUCCUUCAUUUUUUUCAUGUUGGUUCAGAAACAUUUCGAGUGUGGGAAUUGCUUGUUCGAGUAUUGGGUUUUGUCUCAUCUCUGUUAUUCUCAUUUACUUUCAGAAUUGUGUACAAAGAUUUCAUGCGGCAUUUUGUAUUAAAUUUGAAAUCUCAGGAGGGAAACUCUCUUACUAGACCCAAAUUGCAGCCAAGCAGAAUGCCGGUAAGUAGCUUACCUUUGCGUUGAAGAAAACUCUCAAAUUAAGAAGAUAGUGACAAAAAAGGCAAAGCGUCAUUAAUAUACAAUUUUCUUUCUAGGCGUCUUCACCUUGUUUCAGUGCAAUUCUAAUAACGGAGGGUUUGGAUAAGUAAUUUAGAAUAACAACCGCUCUUAAUUGCCCAUUUCCGAAAACUCAUUUUCAUACGAACGGUUGGGCACCAGGCCUCGUCUUGAAAAAGAGGCCAAAUGACUCAUGUUAAAAAAGAAGUCUCGACGACUUCAUACAAGUUAUCAAUGUCAAUUUGCGUCAUCUCUGAUACGAUUUCGCUCCAUAGUGAAAAGCUUGGUCGAAAGUAGUUUUAUGUGAAUGGUAUACACUCUCUCGUGCAUAGAGUUUUGAUUGUCAGGUUAGACAGUUUAAAUCAUGAUGUUGGCAUAAAUUCAUUAAAUCAAGGCAUGAUUUUAUCGUCCCUUUCUUUUAGACAAGUCCAGGAUACAGGAGUGACCGGUUAAUCGAACUAAUGGCCACUAUUCGAGCACCAAUAAGGCGUGAAUGGAAGGAGAUGAGGAGAGCAUUCAGGGUAAGGCAUAUUACAUCACAAGUCCUCGAUAUUUUGUCGUCAUAAUGUAAUGAAAUGGAAUUAAACAAGCGAACGUGAUUGCACCUGUAGACUAUUUCCUAGUCGCCAGGGUGUUUCGGUUCUCUAAAAACUAAGAUUUUAGGUGGUCAGUUAUUUUCCACUAGCACAUUGCCGAGUUGCCUUUAAUGUCUAUUUUGUAACAGCCUUCGCCGGCCAUGCAUACAUUCCGUAAGAUUUAAAAGAGGAGUUGUCUUUAAGCGAAUGGGUUGUGAAAUAAGAGGGUUGCAUCGGUCCGUGCAGUGUUUGGAGGGAGAACUAUCAGUAAAACAGUUGUUGUUUUCUUCUCACUUGAUUCUGACGGGUAACUCUGAUGGAAAUCCUAAUUUCUGGUGGUGUUGCUGGCAGUAGUAAUAAUUCUUCUAUCCUCCGCAGGGUCUUGACAAAAGUGGAAACGGAACUUGCUCACUUGUCGAGUUCAGACAGAUGAUGAGAAAAUUCAAGGUCGACUUAAAUGAAGAGGAGUUUUUCCACCUGUUUUCGUUUUACGAUAAGAACAUGACAGGAAGGAUUUCUUACAAUGAUUUCCUUAGAGCUCAUUUAGAGUAGGAUGUUACACUUUAGAGAACUCUGUGCGAUGUAAUGAGCUGACGAACUUGAGAGAAAUGUUGGCAUCGUUUAUGUUCAGUUGUUAAUUUACACACGAGAAAAGGAAUACUGUUCGUCCUUAUCGAACACUGUACAUAUUUCAAUCUGGUGAAGGAAAAUUGAAAUUCUGAAUAAUUUGUGAUGUGGUGGUCAGGGCUUGUGAGGUGAUGUAAGAAUCUUAGCUAUGAAUCUCGAUCGUAUUUUUGAUUAAAAGGUAGAGUGUCCUGCGUGCUUAUAUCUCAGAAUUACAAUUAAAUUACUGUUUUACUGUUUAAGAAAUCAAUAAAGAAGAUAUGACCGUAC